ACCGGAACCGGAAGUGGGCCCCCAAGCCAGGAGGAAGAAGCCGGCGCGGCCCCGUCAGCAGCCGGCCGCGGCUGUUCUGGAGGACGGCGGCCGCGCUCCUGGGAGCGGGUCUGGGGUCCGGCCGGCGGCCCGGAGGUGCGGCGCCAUGAAGCUGUACAGCCUCAGCGUCCUUUACAAAAGCGAGCCCAAAGCGGUGCUGCUCAAAGCCGCGUACGACGUGUCUUCCUUCAGUUUCUUCCAGAGGUCCAGUGUUCAGGAAUUCAUGACCUUUACAAGUCAACUGAUUGUGGAACGCUCGGCAAAAGGCAGCAGAGCCUCUGUCAAGGAACAAGAGUAUCUUUGCCAUGUCUACGUCCGGAGUGACAGUCUUGCAGGUGUGGUCAUUGCUGACAGCGAAUAUCCUUCCAGAGUGGCCUUUACCUUGCUGGAGAAGGUACUAGAUGAAUUCUCCAAGCAGGUCGAUAGGAUAGAUUGGCCAGUAGGAUCACCUGCUACAAUCCAAUACACAGCCCUGGAUAGUCACCUUAGUAGAUACCAGAACCCCCGAGAAGCUGAUCCCAUGAGUAAAGUACAAGCUGAACUGGAUGAGACCAAAAUCAUUCUGCAUAACACCAUGGAGUCUUUGUUAGAGCGAGGUGAGAAGCUUGAUGACUUGGUAUCCAAAUCAGAAGUACUGGGAACACAGUCGAAAGCCUUCUAUAAAACUGCCCGGAAACAAAAUUCAUGCUGUGCAAUCAUGUGAUGUAGCCCACAGAGGCAGGCGCUGGAUCGUCAUGUCACAUCAGAACUACAGCCCCUGAAGAUGAAGCGAUACCCUAGAAGAAGACCUGGAGCCAGGCUGACUGGCUGUUUUUAUUUGAAGUUCUCAAGAGGAGUGAAGGGGAUGACUUAAGGGUGGGAACAUUGACGUUCAUAUGUGUGCUUGUGACUUUGGGACAGAAUCUGAGGUCCUCAAAGAUGUAAUGUUGGGAAAAUGAAACCAUAAACUCGUAAGUGGCUCUUA